AAUAAGCUACUCAUCAUGUCAGAUGACAGCAAGAGCGUGAAAUGGGAGGAUCCCCCGGAUGACCAAAAUAAAGUCGUGGAGAACAUGAAGGAUGAAACAGAGACACAUGAGACCAACAAGAACAGGACAGGAGGCAAGGCUAAACGUAAGUCCAGUGGCCGUGCCAAGAAGACUUCCGUGGAGGAGGACAGCAGCAUUGGUGCAGAGUCUUCUCAGACACCCGGGUGUGGUUUCCAGGAAAGGGGAUCUAUCAUUGAGCAGCUGGAGAAGGAGGCUCAGAGGACUCUAAUGCCUUCUCUCAAGAUUGAGACAUGCUGUGCCCCAAUCCUCCUCUCCUUCCUGAGGAGUCUAACUGAUGACCAAUGGAGAGUGAUUCAGCAUGGCAUGAAAAAUAACCUCACAUUCGAGCAGCUCUCCAUGCUGUGUCUGAAGAUUGUUAAAGUCGUGACCCAGACAGCCCUCCGCAUUCUCCUACCAGCGCUAGCUCGUAUCAUGGGGGUGAACCUGAGGAGUGGGGCAACCUCCCCAGAAUCCCAGUGCUCUCUGACAGGGUCUGAGGAUUCCUUAGGCAGUCUGGAUGAGAGAGAGAAAAGGCUGCUGAUCAGUGAGAUGAACUCCUGGACUAAGGAGAGGAGGAGGAAUGGCAGUGCAGGGUGCCGCCAAAAAUCCACUCGCAGAACCUCAUCACCAUGCUGUUCGCCUAAGAGGUCCAGAUGAUUCCAGCAGGCACAGCCACAGCCCAGGUGGUUCAGCAGAAGCUCCUCCAGCAGCAGGUGGUGACUGCAGCUGCCUCGCCUCAGAUACAGACCCCCCCUCCUCACAGCCCGGCCCAACAGGCCUCAGUUUCCGCUGCAGCAAAGUCCCCAGUACAGCAGCAGCCAGCCAAGGGCCAGGCUCACAGAGGGGCCAUGAGGGGUAAGACCCAGGCGAAGCCCAGCGGGGGCAGCAGCUUGGUGCCCACAGGACUAGUUAGAGCUCCCAGACUACAUCUCAGUAGUACAGAUGCAAUGCAUUGCCUACCAGAACGAUAAAGGUGGGGCGACUUCCGUCCUCAUGUUAAUUGUCAUUGUGAAAGUUAUUCACAGACAUCAAAGCCCUGAGUCAUUAGUGAAUGCAUUUUUACCUGUGGAAACACAUUCACAUAACUCUUUUCAAUGUAUCAAUUUAACAUUGACAGAAGUGUCCCUAAAAGUUAUCUCCUUAAUUGUUUGCAUAAGAGGGAGCUUGACUCUUAAAUGUAACAUUUAGUUUUUUUUUUGUAACCUUCAGAUAUUUAAUGGAUAAUAAUGCAUUUUCCUUUCAGUCUAUUAUGUUUAUGUAACAAAUA